UGCUCUAGCGAUUAAACGAACUUCGAAAUUUCUCUUAGACUCGGCACUUAGCAAUAGUUUGUUUUCCAACGCCUUUCUUUAUUGAUUUACUGCAUUUCAAGGUAGUUUUCUGGUUUUGUCUAUACACACGAAGAAGCAAUCCAAGUUACUUUGAAAAAGUCUUAUAAGUUGUAACGUGAAUUAAAAUGACUGACAAUACCAGAAGAACUCUGCACGACCAGUUUUCGAAGUCAGAUGCUUAUCGGAGUCCAAAUCGCAUCCUUCAAACUAAAUAUGCAGAGUCUUUCAGUCAUUUUAUGGAACAAGUGCAAUACCAUACUCCCAUGAAAGCAGAACCAAAUAAAGAAAACAUUGGUGCAAGUCCAAUGCAGUGGAACUCGCCUUCUAUGACCCCUCCUCCCUCUUUUACAUCCAUCAAGACACCAAUCAAGAAUAAUCCUAAAAACCCUUUUGAUGCAAACUUGACUGAGCACCUUCACCUAGAAACAUUCUCACCGUCUGUCUUUUCACGUGUCUUAAGUCCAUCUGAAGACCAAGAUUCUAAUUGGCGAAUUGAGCAUGUUGCUCUACUUAACCCAACCGAUUUCUCCCCAAAUUUCAACCAUCAUUUGACAGACCCAACAACUGAAGCUGAAGCUCAAGAGAAAAUUUUGCAAUUCUUUAGUCAAAAACAAAUUGCUCCUUCUCCAUGGAGUCAUCCUCGUACCAGAGUUCUUGCUAGAUCUAAAAGCAAAACGCCUGGAGAAGUUUCACCAUCCCAAGCUACUUGCAAAAAUGUAUGGACUCAAACUAGCUUGUCAUUUCCUCCAGUCCUACCACUAGAAGUUGAAGAAAUACUCAGUCAGUACAUGAAUGAUCCCCAGGACCAUACUGCUGCUCAGUCAUCAACCUCAUCUAACAGUGAAUGCGACGAUUCCAGUCUCAACGCUUCCAGCCUUCGGCGAAAGCUCUUUUCUCAGAUGAAUACCACACCACAGCCUGAAGAUGCAGUAACAUAUGUAAGGAGUCGCGAGCAGUCUUCCAGUCCGAUUUUAACUACUGGUCCUCAUAGCUCACGCUUUUCUUUCAGUCCUUCAUCUCAUCCGGUUUCGCCGCCUAUUCUAUCACCUAUAAGUGCGCAUCUCGAAGAAAGUGCUGCUAUGGAUGAAGCGACAAGCCAGAACUGGGGAAGCACUGAUUUACGGCCAUCUAGUUUUCCUGACAGAACAGUUCUAAUGGAAACGUAUGAAGCUGGCUACUUUGGUGGUUCUCCAAACGUUAUCAAACCUAGGGAUACGAAUUUCGUUGAUGAAAUCAAACCCGAGACGAUGCAUUUUGGUGCUGACAAAGUGGGUCAACCAAAGGAAUGUUCCACACCCACAAAAAUCCUCUUUUAAUAAUUUUUUUUUCAACAGCCUGAUACACAAAUUGUAUGUCUAAUAUUUCAACUAAGUGUGAUUCUUUUAUUAACAUGAUUUUUAGAAUUUGUGCCAAAUCAGUUACAUAUGUGAUUUAGGUAAUAAAAUGAUGAAAUUUAAUAAACUGCUCAGGAAUCUUACUAAAAAA